UUUUUGGUUCCUUCAAAUAAAUCUUUUCACUGUAUUACUCACAACAAUACAUUGACAGCAAAGGAAAGAGGACAGUAGUCUCAUUAAUAAGAGGACUUGGAUUGAAUUGGUUAAUGAUGCAGGGCUGUUGGCAGUGUUGAAUUUCCUAAUGACUGACAACUCCUGGGUUUGUAGCCUCUUUACACUACUUAAUCCGGCAUGUGACACAUUGAGAAUUGAUCCUGGCUGAAUGCAGAUCAGCCUGUAAGAGCCAUCCACUCCAUAAAAUAGAGACCUUCCACUCAUUCCUGCAGUUGCCGGAUGGUUUCAUGCUCAUUUACACAUAAGGAGCAGCUGGGUCUUGUCUGGAAACGAGGUGGGCGUCAAGGAGUGGAGCCUUAAGUCGGUUCAGUUGCUCGAGAGGGACUCCUCCAAGGUCCUUUUGGCUGGAGUCAAGAGGGGGAGAGCUGAGAGCCUUUCCAUCCUCACCAGGCGUGGAGGAGAGGGGCGAUGAGAGAGAGGAGAGUGCCAGAAAGUGGGAUAGAGGCAGACAGCUACAGGGGGUGUGCCCUCAGGGGGAACUUAAGAAAACAAGACCUCUUUGAUUUAAUGGGUCCAAUCAUUGGGAUGUCACCAGAUAAGAAAACGGAAAUUCCGGGUAUGCAAGAAGAGCGGACAGGGCUCAGAGGUGUUUGUGGUGUGGGAACGCUGCCAGAGGCGGAGUGUGCGUCCAGUCCGUUGGCGACCAGCGUCGAUCGGACCGGAGGCAACGAGGACGAGGAGCUUACCAACCUCAACUGGCUCCAUGAGAACCUGCUUCAGAACUUCACUCUGGGAGGCCCCGAAGCUCAGCCCAGCGGCAGUCCUCUUUUCGACAUCGAGGGAGACUACGGGCCCAACCAGGGCCCGUCAUCCUCCUCCUCAUCUUCGUCACAUGGCAGAGGCAGGGAGCGAGACUCGUUGAAGUCUAAGCCCCCUUUCUCGUUUUCCCUCCUCAUCUACAUGGCCAUUGAGCAGUCUCCCAGCAAGUCUUUGCCCGUCAAGGAAAUCUACGGCUGGAUUCUUGAGCACUUCCCUUAUUUCUCCAACGCUCCCACUGGUUGGAAGAACUCAGUGCGUCACAACCUGUCCCUGAACAAAUGCUUCCGCAAGGUGGAGAGGAGUUUAGGAAAGGCGAAUGGAAAAGGUUCUCUCUGGUGUGUAGACCCUGAGUACCGCCCCAACCUGAUCCAAGCCCUUAAAAAGCAGCACUUCCCUGCCGCACAUGCCUUCUGCACACCACCCGCCUCCCCACCCAGUGCCUCCUCACCCCCACGCCAUCUCUUUCUACAAGGCUGCUCAUUUAAAGAGUCUGACAUUGAUGCUGCCACUGCCAUGAUGCUCUUAAACUCUGCCCCUGGGCACCACGUUGACCCAUGCAAUUCUGACAGCCCACUGGACCUCUCCAGACCCGACUCUGUCCUGGUGAGCAGCGAUCCAAAGCAGGACCACAACUACAGCAGCGUAGCCCUACAGCGCUGCUCCUCCCGCUCCUCCUCCUCGUCUCUGUCCUCCCUCGACGAAGGAGGCUGCGACCGCAGGCAGUCCCGCCGCGCCGGCAGCGAGGGCUUCCACAGCGACGAGGAUUCCGACCUCUGGGACGAGAGGGGCGUGCACCAAACUUCGCGGCGCCCGCCCGCUAUCAAAUGGCCCACUGGCAAGAGGGCACGACGCGAGGCCAAACCGGAGCUGGAUGAGGAGCUGAAGGAAGCGGCCGGCUCCUUGCUGCACCUCGCCGGUAUACGCAGCUGCACGGAGGGCUCCAAACGCACUGUCAAGAGCACAAAACUUAACAGGAAAUGAAGACCACCUCCCCUAUUCGCCCUCUCCUCAUCAUCAGACUCCGGACCCUGUGAACCCUAACCUCUGACCCCUGAUCGUGUGUCCCAGUGUGCCUCCUUCUCCUUAUCUGAUCGUUCAUUGGCCAUUUUGAGCCUUUUUUUUUUUGUUUGGGAUAUCCCUGUCCAACAAAACAAAUGGCAAUAGUAUCGUUCACACAGGAGAACAAAGCCAUAUAGAGACUUUUGUAACUCGGGGGUAACUGCCGGGGUGGGUGUUUGGGCUAUGGAGAACCAUCGAGAUACCUAUCCAAAAUGACCUGCCUGCUUCUGUUGGAUUAGACGAUUGUGAUUCAAGAUUCUUUUCUUUUUUUUUUUUUUUUUCCUCUGAAAGACGACAUGGGAAAAGCUGAAGGUUUUAUAACUCAAAGCGUUGCAUGCUUCCUCCUCAAAACCUGUAUCCUCUUCCAAGUGAAUCUAUUUAUGAAGCGAAUGAGUGCAUGUUUGUAACAGACAAAAUCUAACCUCCUGGUGUUAUCAGUUUUUCUUUUUCUUUUUGUGCUAAAGAAAAAAAAAUGCCACUGUUUUUUUUUUUUUUUCUUUUUUUUUUCUUUUCUAAAGGAGUCCUUGCUCUACGAAUCCUCUUGUAAGAGAGAUGCAAUAAUUAAUCCACAACCUUAACUUUUUUGACUUUAUUCAAUGGUGGCAUUUUUCAGAGUUGAGUAUGCUAGUUAAACUUUACAAUUAAGAGAAUGAAUGGAGUAGUAUUAUGAUCUUGUUAUGCGAUAAACUUAUUACACACGAGCUCCGGCUCUAUUUCAGGAUUAGCAAGAUGUGAAAAUAGUAUUACUCUGCCACUGCCAAAUUUAGUUGCAAAGUUAGCUAUACUACUUCGCUCCAUUUUGUGCGGCCAUCACAGCGAUCGCUCGACAAAUGAAUUUUUUAAAUUUUUUUUAAUUUUGCAAAUCCACUGCUCAUCCUGUCAACCCCUUUUCAUUCAUCAGUGUGUUUUUUGACGUUUAUUGUGCAGACACAGAACAUAUAUUCACGUGUUUGGUGACAGCCUAUGCAAAGUGAACAUCUGCCACAUAUUGCCAGAUGUUCACUGCUUGUUCAUAGGUUAUCCUCCAUAGAUUUUAUUUUUAUUUUUAUUUUUAUUUUAUGUGUGUGUGUGUGUCUGUGUGUGUGUGUGUGUGUGUGUGUGCGCGUGCGUGUGGGUGUGUAUCAUAGUGCAUGUUGAUGACUUCAGCCUAAACCUGAGAUGACGGUCGUGACAGCAAAGAGUUUGCUCUUCUCCUACUGAAAAAGUAGUCGUACUGCUUCAGUGAAUAUAAUUGGUGGAAUGACAGAUCUCCUUGCUACAGCUGUACAGUACUGUAUGUAUGCUGGGACCAGUCGGUACCCUGCUUACUUACUGGUUCCUUUUUGAAUGCAGAGCUGGAGCGGACAUUAAAUUAUCACAGCUUCUCGCUCCAUUAUUUGGGUUUGCAGUUUGAUUGUACAUUCAUAUGUGUUUUCCAUGUUUUUUCGAACCAUGUUCUUUAGAAAAUGACUUAAUUACACAGCUGUUGGCCAAUACUCAACGUGAGGGAAGGUGAGCCUGUUUUGACUUCAAUUUAAUAUAAUAAUCAGAAAAAAAAAGGCAGAGCACAGUCGAAGAAAGAAGGAGAAGUCACAGCCAGAGAGAACUGGAUUGUGUGCGUGUGUGCAGUCGCUCGCAGGCGAGAUGUUGGAAAAACCUGCGCCGCUCUCAUGUUGUGCCCUCAGCUCUGGCUGGCCACUAGUGUUACGUCUUCGCUCUUCCUCCUCGAACAAAAUAAGGAAGUGCUCGCUCUCUUCUCAAGCUGUGAAAUGGAGUGUUUAUAGUCAGUUGAUUGCAUGCAGUUCAUUGAGGGGAAGUUGCAAGCCACUUGUGUUGAAGGCCUCAAUUCUUAUUUGAGCUUUUAACAAAAAACCUGCGUGAACACAGGUUUAUAAUACAAGGUAGCAUGGGAGCGAAGAAUUGAACGGUAAACAGAAUUAUAUAAUUUCUUCCCACAGAAAAAAAAAAAGUAAGACUAGAUCUCAUUGUGUCACAGUGACUGUUAGUAUAGCAUGCAUGGUCAGUGCCAAACAUUUUCUCAUGCCACUGAUGUAAAACUGCAAACGGCCAUGGUCACUAUAACCCCCCUGCUGCCACAAUGUAGUCACAGUUUAGAGCAACAAUGCCCUAGUUUUUUUUCUGAAUCAUCGGAACAGGAAAUGGGAGAGGACUCUGGUCAGUUUAGUGACUUAACCAAUCCUUUUGGUUUAUUUUUGUCACUUUAGAGUGGGAGCUGUCCUUAGCAGAAUAAGCUGCAGUUCUCAGAAGUAAUACUUACAUACACUGGUCUUGUUUAGCUGUGAAAAAAAGAACAAAUUAUUGUUCAUUAAUCAUUAUUUAUGACAUUAAUUUAUGGGAUUAUUGAAUGCAUACUCUAUCAAACACUGGUCAUUUGAAAAGAAUGACUAGGCACAUAAAAUUUUCUCCCUAUGUGAAAGUAUUUGUUUUUCUCCUUGUUUUGUUUUACAGCAAUACACAUUUUUUUUUCUUUCACUAUGUUAUAGUGAUUAAGUAUUUUUGCCAAUGUCUACUGUCUUUUAGAGCGGGUGUUUUUUUUUGUUUUUUUGUUUUUUUCAAUUUAACCAUGACUGCCAGGUUUUCUUGAUGUUUUGUUUUGCUUUUUUGUUAGGCUGGAUAGUUGAUUAACAGUAAUCCUGAAACCUUUUUGUUGCCAAAAUUGACGUACAACUGGGGUAUCAAAUUUCCGAUGGACACAUUCCCCAUGUACUGUAAUUUCUUUGAAGCUGAUUUAAUCAUUUUUACAUUUGUCUCAUUGUUUAUGUUUUAGAUAUUAUGACUUAAGUAAAUUGAAGAUUUGCUCUCAAUCUCAUCACAGAUAAGAGCUGUUUUGGGGAAAAAAAAGAGACUGCCUCUCAUAACUCAUGCUUCCAGGUAAUGUCAUGGGGUGUAUCAAAAUGUUUAGAUUAUCACUGAAAACUGGAACAGACUAACUCGGUCCCCAGGCUGCUGCUGUGUAGUUACAUUUAGGGACAACUGCAUGAAAAAUGUUGGGAGAUCUCACUCAUUCUUUCUGUAGCACUUGCAAAAGAAAGUUUACGGUGGUCUCAGAGUGACAAGGGUUGUUGAACUGUCUAUGGAUGAGCCCACCUGAACAUUUUGGACUAACCCAACUUAAAAAAACC